CUGCAGAUUCUGCUGAGCUUAUUGCUUGUAAUAGAUGACUUAAAAUUAAUCUGCUUACAACAACUGGCAGGAAUAAAAUAGGAUGAAAAAUAGGAUGUUUUUAAUAUACUGAUUGAUAGUAGCAUACAUGGAUUAAUGUAAUCCUGACGUUUUUUAUUUCAACAGUUAUGACAUAAUACAGAUACAGCCAAUAGACAAUUGUGAUAAAUAGUCACAGGACUUACACAAGAAUAUUUUAUCUGAUAAAUAUAGCAGAUAGAAACAAUGGUAAUUGAAAUCAAAAAGUGGAUGCGAUGAUAUAUAUCAUAGAUGAUAUUAUUUGUUGUUGGUAGGGAACAGUUCUUUGAAUACAAAAUGCUAGUGAACAUUUGAGGAGCACAUUUAUACAUCACAGGAAUUUUAUGGACAAUUAUUUUGCAAUAUAAUCCAUUUUAUAUCAUUUGUUACUUUACCAGGACAAACAAAGAUCAUAUUGGUGUGACAAUCACACUUUUCUCUCAUAUUCCUUGUUAACUUGAUUGCGAAACACAAUUCAGUAGAAGCAACAGUGACAGAAGGUACAGCAAAAACGUUGUGAUUGUUACUAACAUGAAGAUGUGGAGGAUUUGGUCGCUAGUUUAUUUUGAAUUAUACAUUUGGUGUUUUACAUCAGGAAAUACACUGAACUCGAAGGGUUAUGAUAUACUUUUACAUGAUCAUUUACUGAAAGAUUACCUUGUGACAUCACGACCCGCUGCUAGCGAACAUGAUUUGAUCAAUGUAACCACUGAUAUUGCUUUAAAUCAAAUCCGAGAACUGAAUGAACCUAAACGGUUCCUCCAAACAGUUGUAUGGUUCAGAUUCUACUGGACAGAUUUUCGACUCCAGUGGGAGCCACAGGAUUAUGGCAAUCUCACGGAAAUCAGAUUCAUGAAAUCUGAAAUUUGGGUUCCCGAUAUUAUGUUGUAUAACAAUGCAGAUGAGCAUAGGUCAUCGAUACAGCUUUACAGCGAUGUGCUGAUUACAUCCUAUCAUACUGGAUACACAAUCUGGCUGGUGCCUGGUGUAGUUAAAACAUCAUGCCAAAUUGAUAUGACUUUUUACCCAUUUGAUACCCAGCAAUGUGAAAUCCAAAUUGGGUCAUGGAGCUACCAUGGUUUCCAACUCGAUUUACACCUGAAAAACCCCACUGGAGAUAAAUACAACUUUCUUGAGCAUGGAGAGUGGGACUUUGUAGCUUUCCCGGCCAAGAGAAACGUUAUAUAUUAUGGAUGUUGCCCCGAGCCUUAUGUUGAUGCAACAUUUACAGCAAUACUGAGGCGCAAAUCAAUGUUUUACAUUUACAAUCUGAUUCUUCCGUGUACACUGGUGUUGGUCGUUAGUAUGUCUGGAUUUCUGCUCCCUAUUGAGUCGGGAGAGCGGGCACAGCUUUCUGUAAUGCUUCUCUUGUCGAUGAUUGUCCUUCAGUUGAGCAUUGCAUCUGACAUUCCUUCACAGUCUGAUGUCAUACCCAUUGUAAGCCAGUUCCUUGGGACGAUCACAUUCAUCAUGUGCUGCAGCGUUAUCCUUAGCAUAGGAAGCAUUGCCUUACAUUUUAAAGGCAUCCAUGGUAAAGAGGUCCCAGAAGUUGUUCAGAAGAUUGUCAUACAGUAUAUGGGACGAUUUGUUGGUAUCAAAUUCAAAAGCCAUCAUGAUUUCAUCAUAGAGAAUGAUACACGUCAUUGUCGUUGUAAAAACAACAAUUUCAAUCUUGAAGAAAGGAAUUUGGAUGAUACUGGCAAACGUGACUCUGAGAGACGCCAUUUUGAUAUAGAAAUCAUUGAAUCAAAUGAAAACAGUACAGCAACACGUGUUUUCAAAAAGGAAUUAAAAGACAUUUACAAGAUGAUUGAUCACAUGAACAAGGACAGACAAGCUAAAGAGAAUGAACAGAGAGAUCUGGAAAAAUGUCGCAAUGAUUGGGCUAAAGUUGCUGUGGUCAUUGAUCGGUAUAUGUUGUUAGCUGAGUUUGUUGGAGCCCUUACUGCAUCUUUACUCAUUUUCCUAAACCAGGAUAGAAACUAUUAUUUGGAUUAGGAUGACAGUUCCUUCAAAUAAAUGGCUCCUACAAAUAUAAGAGAGCAUUGAGGAACAAAGAAACAAUGUUGGCCCAAACAGUGAACAGUGACUAGUUUGACAGGUCCCUCAAAUGAACACUGAUAGAUAAAGAAAGAAUUUGAACAGUGACUCACUGUGACUGGGAGGCAGUUCCCUCAAAGGAACACAGAUUUCAGAGUCACUUUGAUAAGUAAAGGAGGAAUACGCGGCCCCAAUCAUUGAACAGUCUACUCGAACAAAGCCUGGUCAACAUGUCUGUACAUGAGUUAUUCACUGGGUUGGCUUACAUGUAGACAAAGAGAAAAUCAUAAACAAUUGACAUAAACUGAAAUAAUAUGAAGAUGGAGGGCACAAAUCAAUUCAUGUAGCCCAUAUUUAUCUGACCAUUGAAUAAUAGAUUUAUACCAUGACGUUGUGUUUUUCAAAUUACUGUUGAUAAGAUUCAACUGUAAUUUGUAUUUUAAACACCUAACAUUUUCAAUCUCUUUGUCACCAAACAUUGUACAUAUCAUGGGAUUAAAGAAAUUUCUUGAUUUAUGGUGCAAUAUAUGACUGAAAGUUCUAUUCUGCUUAUUGUUAAAAGACCAAAAUUUGGCAAUGGCCAAAAUGAAAUCUGGGGUCAUGUAUUUGACAUAAAUCAUAGAAGGUCUUUGUUACCUUUUGUUGCCUUUUGUUAGAGGUCUUUGUUACGAUUAUAAUAUGAUAAACAACUAUUUGCAUUCAUGAAAUAUAGCAGUCAUACAUACUUGAUUAUAGACCAGUAAAUCAAUUGUUCUAGUUAUUGUGAUGUCGGUAUCAUGUUAGAAUGUGUGUUAUGUCAUGAUUACAAAACUUAAGUGACUUUGUUCAUUUGUAUAUAUUAAUAACAGUGGACCAUAAGUCUGUAACCAGUAAUUGUUUUUAAGUUAUGGACAUAUAAUUGUGAAUUAAUGCACAUAUCAAUUGUAUUUUUUUUGACCACAGCACAUUUGGAGUGGGUAGUUGAUAAUUCAGGCCUACACGAAAAAGGUCCAAGUCAAUUAUCCAGAUUACUCAUUUUACUCUAACUAAUCAUUGAUUACAUUUUUUCAGAUCAGAUAUCACUGUGUUUUUCGCUAUAGAUCUAUUUUUUUUACCCACUUCACUCAAUUUAUUAUUUUAAUGCAAAUUUUUAUAGUCACCUUUUUCUACCCUUGGUAUACUGAUACCAAGCUACUGAUAAUGGACCAGGUGGAUGCCAUGGCCUGAUCAAGGCAAUAGCUGCAUAUACCAAGGAUCCUAUUUGUGACUAGCAAUUGGAGUUCAGUGCUUGUUUUUUGUUGUUGUUUAUUUUGUUCUUUUUAUGUCAACAUCAGAGUUUUAGGCAUUUGUAACAAUGCUUAUAUUUCGGCAUCAAGUGACAUUUUAUCAUGUUCAUGUCUUGUGUCUCUACAGGUAAUGUGAUGUGUAGCCUAUUGUACAUUUUUAUUUUAUUUUUAUGAGCUAACAUCGUAGCCUACGUCAUUUCAUUGUUAUUUAGACACGCAACAUUAUUAAGUUAUAUAUUAACAGAAGUACCAUGUGAAGAGUGAAUCUAAUUUUGCCCAUUUCUGUUACAUCAGUAUUGCUCUCUCCAUGACAUGCAUGAUUAUUUCCAUCGAUGUUGGCAUUUGUAUGUGCUCCUUAUAUAGGUUUCCUUCCUUAAAAUAGAUAGACCCAUUUAUAGAACUAAUCUUCGUGUACAUAGUGGAAAAUAUUCUUUCAACGCUGAUGAUAGAUUAACUGCAAAUUGGAUCACGAUGAGUUUUAUUACACAUUCACUUCACAAUUUGUUCUUUCGG